AUCAAUCGAAUUAGUUGUAAAAUUGCAUCGACUGCAAACACACGCAUCAAAUUAAACGAUAAUCGAAAAAAAACGUGAAGAAGAGAUGAAGUCAACACUUGCAUUGGUUCUUUUAAUGGGAAUGGUUUGCCUAAUCAAUGCCAAAGAAAUUAGCGAAACAGAGCUCGCGGUAAUUUUACGUAAUAAAACUGUAGUAAAAAGCUACAUAGACUGCUUCUUGGAUAAAAGGACUUGUAGCAAGAUGCAGUAUGAAUUUAAAGUUUUCCUACCCGAAGCCAUAAAAAAUGAGUGUCGAGAAUGCACUGAUUUACAAAGAAAGCAGGCAAGAUUGAUUAUCAAUCAUAUGAAAACAAAGCAACCACAAGAGUGGAAACAAUUAUUGAUGAAAUACGAUCCACAAAAUUUAUAUCUCCUACGUGUAAAUAAUUGGGCCUAAUCUUUUUUGUAUCUCUUUAAUUUAUGUAACAUCAACAAUUUAUAAUAAUUUGAUUGAAUCUAACACAAAUUUGCUUUUUUUUCUCAACAAAUCAGAAUACGAAUAAAUGUCACAUGAAAUGUA